UCCUGGCUUGGUCUUGCACAGGAAGUGCCCUGACCCUCCAACCUCCCCUCCUCCCUCCCCUGGAGAAAUCUGAUCCUAGGAGUUAGUUCCACCCGCUCAGUACCCUGCCAAUCCCUAACUUCCCCAUGGGCAGGAAAAGGAAACUCAGGAGAAAUCAAAACUGCAGCGGAGACCUGGACACAGAAGAGCCCAGUAUCCAGACCCAGGCCUGUCCCACAUCAGCACCAUGAGCCACACGGGCCCGGCCUUCUCCCACGCCAACGUCGGCCUCCCCCCAAACUAUGAAAAGAUCCAGGAGGAGCACGAGGUGGCCGUGCUCGGGGGCACCCAUGGCCCUGUUCCCGCAGCCUCCACCGUGAUCAACAUCCGCAGUGACAUCGCUGUACCCGACCACGUGGUCUGGUCCCUCUUCAACACGAUCUUCAUGAACACAUGCUGCCUGGGCUUCAUAGCCUUCGCCUACUCCAUAAAGUCCAGGGACAGGAAGAUGGUGGGCGACGUGAUCGGGGCCCAGAGCUACGCCUCCACCUCCAGGUGGCUGAACAUCAUUGCCACAGUUGUUACCAUCAUCCUCACUGUUGUCUUCAUCAUUGUAUACUCUGCGGCCAUCGUGACACUCUUCCAACGCUUGUCCCAGUGACAAAGGAUUCUCAGGGCUACUAGUCCUGUGAUUUCCUCCCUCACAGCUUCUCUGGCCCUGGGCUGGGUCUUGCUCUGUACCCCACACCCUCAGCAGCUGUCCACAAUUGGGCUCAAUAAAGUGUGUGUUUCCACAGUG